CUUUAAUACGGUUUCGUUUUCAAGUUGAAAAUAAAAAAAAAUAAAAAUAAUUUGAUUUUAAAUUAUUUUCGUAAUUAAACAAAUUAAAAACCAAAAUGAUGAUCAAACGUUGCUCUUUAAUUUUAGCCAAUCAAUUGGCCAAAUCAAAUUCAUCAUUAUCAGUAUUAAGUGGUAUUCGUUGGAAUAGUACAUUAUUGAUUGCCGAUCAUACAGAAGAAACACUUUCACCGUUAACAUUGAAAACAAUAACCGCCGCAAAACAAUUAGGUAAUCCAAUUACCUGUAUGGUAGCAGGUCCUAAAGUUGGUCCAGCCGUUGAUAUAUUGAAAAAAGUUGAUGGUGUUGAGAAAAUUUUAACCGUUGAAAAUGAUUCAUUAAAAGGAUGGUUACCCGAAGUGAUGACAAACAUUGUAAUGGAAGCACAUAAGAAAAAUAAUUAUUCACAUAUAUUGACAGGUGCUUCGUCAGUUGGAAAAAAUUUUCUACCUCGAUUAGCCGCCUUACUUGAUGUAUCAUUAAUAUCGGAAAUUAUUGGCAUUAAAAGUCCUGAUACAUUUGUACGAACAAUUUAUGCUGGAAAUGCGUUAUUGGAAUUGAAAGCAUUAGAUCCUGUUAAAUUAAUUACUGUUCGUGGUACAGCAUUUGAUGCUUCGACAAUCGGUUCAGCUGAUUGUCCUGUUGAAGCUUUUGCAGCCGAAACAGCAAAACAACCGGACAAUGUAAAAUGGAUUAAAUCUGAAAUAACUAAAUCUGAACGACCAGAAUUAACGGCUGCUUCUCGUGUGAUAGCUGGAGGUCGUGGCAUGAAAAGUGGUGAAAAUUUCAAAAUGUUAUAUGAUUUAGCUGAUAAAUUGAAUGCAGCUGUUGGUGCUUCACGUGCAGCUGUUGAUGCUGGUUUCGUACCGAAUGAUCUACAAGUUGGUCAAACGGGUAAAAUUGUUGCACCUGAAUUAUAUAUCGCUAUUGGUAUUUCUGGUGCCAUACAACAUCUAGCCGGUAUGAAAGAUUCAAAAACAAUCGUUGCAAUCAACAAAGAUCCAGAUGCACCAAUAUUUCAGGUAGCCGAUCUAGGUUUAGUUGCUGAUCUUUUUCAAGCCGUACCAGAAAUUAAUGAAAAAAUUGAUGCAUACAUUUCCAAAUAGAUAUAAAUGUUAAUACAUUUUAAAUUGAACAAAAAUUGUUUUAAUCUAAU